GUUAAGCGCGUCGUUCAAGAUGGCAGCGUUGGUGUUUAUAUAGUUCGCUACACUUCGUCCGAUGAAGACCGUUUAUUUAUUUUUUUCCCUUGUAAAGCCUGUUUGACUGGACUGUUAACAGGAAAUUAAAGCGGAAGUGUUGUGUAACGACAAGAGACGGUUUUGGGCUGAAGACAUGAUGUGCUUCAUUAAAUAAGAAGGAUGGCCGCACGUUCCCGUCUCUCUCUCCUCGCUUCUCUGGCUUCUCCUCAGAGUUCCCUGAGGGCAGGAUGGAGGAGUUUGAGUCUGUUCUCUGCUCCGUCUCCGUCCAGCUGGAGUAAAGUGGUGUCCGAUGCUGAGAAGAUCGUGGGAUAUCCGACAUCCUUCAUGAGCCUGCGCUGCCUGCUGAGUGACGAGCUGAGCAACGUGGCCAUGCACGUGCGCAAACUGGUGGGAACCAAACACCCGCUGCUCAACACUGCCAGGGGGUUUGUGUAUGACAGUAAACACAAUCUGCAGAUGCGUGGUCUGGUGGUGUUGUUGAUGUCUAAAGCAGCAGGACGGAGCGGCUCGGCGUCUGACCCUCUCCUGCCCGAUAUGAUCAGCGGGAUUUACCCCAGUCAGCGUAGCCUGGCUGAGAUCACUGAGCUGAUCCACACGGCGUUCCUGGUGCAUCGUGGGAUCGUGAAUUUAAAGGAAUGUACCUUCUCAGACGGACCUCUCAAGGACAUGCAGUUCGGGAACAAGAUGGCCGUCUUGAGCGGUGACUUCCUGUUAGCCAACGCCUGCACAGGAUUGGCUCAGCUGAACAACACCAAGGUGGUGGAGCUGAUUUCCAGUGCCAUCGGAGACCUGGUGCAGGGCGUCUAUUACGAAAGCUCCACCUGUGGCGAGGAGGGAAAGCCGUCGGUGGCGUCGUGGGAGGACCAGGCCUUCCUCUCCCAUGGUGCAUUGCUGGCUAAGAGCUGCCAGGCGGCCAUGGAGUUGGCGAGACACGACGCGGAGGCUCAGACUCUCGCUUAUGAGUACGGCAAACACCUCGCUCUGGCACACAAGCUGAAUUCAGACCUGCAGCCCUUCACGAAGCGUGGUUCCGACCCGGUCGUCUUCUCUCUGGACUCGGCUCCUGUGGUUUUCCACCGUCUGAUCGUCGGACACGAGGUGUGGAUGCGCCAGCUACAGCAGGCCCAGAACUCCACAACACACAUGGAUUACUCCAAGCUGUGGACUGGGAUUAGAUCAGGGGGCGGAGUUCAGCAGGCUGUAGAUCUCUGCACUCAGCAUGGUAACACGGCGCUGGACGCUAUCCGGCGUUUCCCUCCGUCCGAGGCUCGGUCAGCUCUGGAGAACAUCGCCGGCGCCAUCACCAGGUUCUGAUGGAGGAACCGCACAAAGUCCUGAGUCUGAGCUCCGCCCUCCUCGCGCCAGCCGGGCCGAACAUCCGGAGUGGACACGCUUUCUCUGUCCGUGGAUUCCCCCGGCGGCGGAGCUAGCUGAGAGGAACAGCGGAUGAGUGAAAGAACCAGCGCAGGAUUUCACCAGGAUCUGAUGUUCGACUUCUGAAGGCGUCUCCAUAGCAACAGCGACAACAAAGACAACACUGUGUGUGUGUUUUUAUUGAGAGAGUGGAUCCGCUAGCACAAGACUUUGCAUUAGUGUUAGCUUCUGUUUAUCGUAACGGGAAGACAAAUCUCUUCACGCAUUGUUAACGUCAUGUGUUUCUUUGGUUGCCGUGGCAAUAAAACGUGACCUCGCC